CGUUUCCCCUGCUUCUUAAUCUGCAGUUGUGAAGCAUUUACUGUGCUUUCUCCUCUACCUUUCUCGCCUCUUUUUUGGUUUUUUUCUUUCUCUCACUUCUUCCCCCCCUACUUUUUUCUUUAUCCUCCGUCUUCUCCCUCGCUGAGGAGAUCGCCGGAAUCUCUUCUGUAAGCAUCAAUUUGAUAAGAUCCACCAAAUUGGAAGCCUUGGCGUGCUACUUGGUCGCCCUAUUCUUGGUAUUUUGCUGGGACGGGUCGCAUUACAGUUGGCUCGCGUUUGAUUUCUUUGCUUCUCUGGAUCGCAGCAUUACGGUUAUUGAAUUUUAUGCUAAUCAAUGGAGGCGGAGUUGUGUUCUGCCCGCAUCCUAUCGCCAUCUCGGGAAGAAAGCGGCGAUGAAGAGCUCUCAGUGCUUCCCAGGCACACUAAAGUCAUUGUUACUGGUAACAACAGAACAAAAUCUGUCCUUGUUGGUCUUCAAGGUGUUGUGAAGAAGGCAGUUGGUCUUGGGGGAUGGCAUUGGCUGGUCCUAAAGAAUGGUGUUGAGGUGAAGUUGCAAAGAAAUGCAUUGAGCGUCCUAGAAGCUCCCACAGGGAAUGAAGAUGACAACGAAGAGAUUGACUGUGACAACUCAUUCUGCAGUAGUUCUGAUGUGGGGGACAAAGAUAUUGAUUACUCUAGCUUAGAGUUCCACAAGUCAACAAAGCCAAGGGUUAGGCAUACAAGGCCAUGGACGUCCUCUGCAAAAUCAAAUAAUGGCCGUAGCAACUACCGAGAUGCUCAUUCAAAUUCUCACAAGCGUCAUACGAGAGUGAAUUUGGCUAAGCUUGGGACAGCCACCUUGUGGAGAUAUUGGCGGCACUUCAAUCUCGUUAACAUUAAUCCCAAUCCUACAAAGGAACAACUGAUACAUGCUGUGCAGAAUCAUUUUCUCUCACAGCAACUGGAUGAGAUGCAGGUCAUUGUAGGAUUCAUCCACGCUGCCAAGAGGUUGAAAAAGCUUUACUCCUAGAUCGAUGCGUGACAUAAGCUAUAUUCCGUGAGGUUGAAGCCUUGAACUAAGUGGAAGAACGAAUCGAGUAUCGACGGUUCUACUAAUUGUAGUGUAAUGUUACUAACCAUCUUUCCAAUCAGUUUGUAGUUGUGCACUGUAUGUAUAUCAGCCUUUCUGAUGUGUGUUUCUAUUCGAAAGGGAUUAUGGAGUACCCUGAUCCGGUAUGGUCAUGGCUUUUGAAUA